AAAAAAAAAUUUGGAAUUCACAAAUAAAAACUGAUAAAUAAGCCCACUAUUGUCUGCCACGUAACAUGCUGUUUUGGCCCCUCUCCCUGGACGGUUUACUAACACCUCAAAGCUCCAAUCAUGCUAAUACAAUCAACACCUCACCUUUAUGAGCAUUGGAUUUAGGAGUGGCUGCUGUGGGAGAGAGACUACUCGGGCAUGCCUUCCAACAUGUGAAAACUAGAAAGAGCAACAGUAAGAUAUGCUGUGUGCUUAUUUUGACCAUGCCACUUUCUAGCCACACCCUAAAUACCACACCCAUUUUACCAAAUACAUAACCCAGACAUGCCAGUAUAAUUACUACAGAAAAUGGCUAAUCGGCAUAUUAACUCCAGAUGUGGCAAUAUAAUCCUUGUAGAAAUGGCCAGUGAGCACUUCAUUAAUCCCAAACAUACCAGUGAAAUCUCUGAAAAAUGCCCAAUGGAUAAAUGUAAAGCAUUAACUGCACUUGCACAAACAGAAUACCAAUAAAAAAAAGAUAUAUUUUUUUCCUUGUGCUGCCACACUGCUUGGCUCUCUCACUCUCUGCUCCACAGUAGAAUGCACAGCCAUCUUUUUUACAAGCGGACAGAAGAGUUAACAUGGGGUAAGGCUAAAAGGGAGGGGGGAAAAAAAAUCUAAUUGCUGAUUGGUUGCCCUGGGCAACAUCACCUGUAAUGCUUCACUCCACUUUUUAAACAGCAUGAUAAAUAAGUUUCCAGACUAUAUUACUGGGAGUAAGAGUUUGCUUUUACACUGAGUGACACAGUAAAGAGGAUGAAUUGGCAUGGGUUACAAUCCUUUUUUAAAACAAAGCUGCAGUGAGAUGCAUGAUUUUAGUCAAUGUAUUAGGUUUUAACUGGGAAAAAUGCAUCUGCUUUUCUAUUAAACCUAACCUUUAUUUUUAUCUUUGUCAACAAAACCCAUAGUAUUGGAAUCAAUAAACAUUAUGUAGCAACAAAAUGUCUCUGUGAUUAACUCCCACCACAUUAAAUCCUAUUAGCUUGAGGGAUUUGCUUUGGUGAACCCAGGCAGAUGUAAUAAUCCAUCUUUCUAGAGAUAUAUUAACAUUAAAAUGUAGACAUUCCCUGUCUGUUUACCUACACAGGGAUUUAUAGAAUGUAUCCAUGGCAUAUGCAUUAUCCAGGGGAGGAGCAGAAAGGAACUGAGCAGGAAGCUAGAAGACUGCAGUGGAAACACUUGGUACCUGUGUAAGGGGAUGGAUAGAAAGUUGUGGGCUGGAACAGACGAUACAAGGACGUUUGUGGAUUGUAUUUGCACAAUUUCAAGGCUUUUGAGAAUACGAAGGUUAUCUGCUGCUCCCAGCUGAGGUAUACUGUAACUGAUGACAUUUCAGAGACACAGGAAUAAAGAGAAAGAACAUGGCAGCUAAAGGCUACAAAAAGAUCAGACUUUCUAAACUGUGACAUGGAAAACAGCACAGAUGAUGAUCCUGAGAGCAAUCUGACUUUCUGUAUAGUUGACCACACUCUACGACAAACUCUGUUCCCUGUGGUGUAUGUUGCUGUACUUGGUGUCGGUCUGCCUGCAAACUGCUUGUCAUUGUAUUAUGGAUAUUUACAAAUAAAAGCCAAGAAUGAACUUGGUAUAUACCUGUGCAACUUAACAGUGGCUGACCUUCUUUAUAUUUUCUCUCUGCCCUUCUGGCUUCAGUAUGUUUUGCAGCAAGAUAACUGGACAUAUAAUGAGACAAUGUGCAGGAUCUGUGGCAUUCUGUUGUAUGAGAAUAUAUACAUUAGCAUUGGAUUUCUCUGCUGUAUCUCAGUAGACCGUUACCUUGCCUUGGUUCAUCCUUUCAGGUUCCACAAACUGAGGACAAUGAAGGCAGCUCUUGUCGUUAGCAUGAUUAUUUGGCUCAAGGAAAUAAUGACGAGCUACAUUUUCUUCAUACAUGGAGAAGUCAGCGAAGAUCCAGAAAGCCAUAUAGUAUGUUUUGAACAUUAUCCGAUUAAACCUUGGGAGCACAAUAUAAAUUACUAUCGCUUCUUUGCUGGGUUCCUUUUUCCAAUAAUUCUCCUGCUGUUUUCCUACUGCUGCAUCUUUAGAGAGGUUGGAAACAGCAAAGGUGCCCAGAUAAAGAAAAAACUUCAAGUCAAGCAGCUGGUUCUAAGCACUGUUAUCAUCUUCUUAGUAUGCUUUGGACCAUACCAUAUACUUGUGGUCAUCCGAAGUUUUUUUGAAAGAAAUUGUUUCUUUGCCGUUAAAAUAUUUAAUGUUUACCACUUUUCACUGCUACUUACCAGCCUCAACUGUGUUGCAGAUCCAGUGUUAUACUGUUUUGCCAGCGAAAACACUUACAAAGACUUUAUUAAAUUAAAAAGUUCCUGCAUGACAAGUUUAGGUUGCCUCAAAGAUAAACAGAAGGAACCACAGCAAUUAAACAGUGCAGAGACCUACACUGCAACACAAGUACCAUUUGAGAUUGAGCCUGUGGAGCUACGUGAGAAGAAGUUUCCAAGCACCAAGCACUCAGUUUAGGAUACUGAAGAAGUUCUAGCUGGAAGGGUAUAUCUACACCACAGGGCAAACUUCAACAUGUUUUUCCCAGGGUCACAGAAAAGUACAAGAGACAAUUACCCGAAGUACAUAUUUAAUGUGUGCAGGGCACAUAGCGUUAGUUUUUAUGUCUCUUUCAAAU